UUUUUUUUUUUUUUUUCUGCCAAUCUACUGCUCCACACUCCAGUCCAGUAGGUGACGGUAAUGCGCCUAUAAACUGGUUUGCCAAUCGCCAAUAAACACCAAAGAAGAAGAAGAAGAAUCUCGCGAGAGUUUAUUCAAAGUUACUCGUUUCCGGUUUGAUGUUGACACAGAGCUGUGAAGAACAGUGAAAGAAGCCUCAGCAGCAUGAUGAACUGUAGGAGGCUGAGAGACACCAAACGGUAAGAAACAAAUGGUCCACUAAAACCGCCAGUGAUGUCACAGUGUAGCCCUCCUCAUUAAACAUGGCAGCAGUAGCUGGAGUGAGGGCUCUCCUCAGCCUCCAUCGAUCGGUGGCGUUGCAGCGCAGCUUUGGGCUCAUUCCAAUACAGUUGACGUCAACCUGCCUUCCCAGGGGGCUUUGCAGUGCUCCUACAAAAAGUAAUGAGCCAAAGCCACCAGUGACCCCAGAGAAUGAGUCUCUGCUGGAUAAUCUCAAUCUCCUGGGAGUUGAUGUGAAGAAGGCACGUCAGCGUCAGCCUGGGGUGCUUCGUAAGGCUAUCACUAAUGAGCAAGGUCUCGCUCAGUUUCUUCAAGGUAAAGGUGCCAGCCGCAAAGUAAUCGCCGGCAUCAUAUCCCGUUAUCCCCGCGCCAUCACCCGCUCAAUUGAACACUUGGAACAGCGCUGGCAGCUGUGGAGAAACAUCUUCAAUACUGAUGAGGAAAUUGUGAGCAUCCUGGAUCGCUCACCUGAGUCUUUCUUCCGGUCCAGUGAUAAUGAGAGUUUGGAGAAGAACAUAGCUUUUCUGACCUCGCUGGGACUGAACACCAAAGACCUCCAUCGGCUGCUGACCACGGCGCCGCGGACAUUCUCCAACAGUUUAGAGCUCAACAGGCAGAUGGUGGAGUUUCUGGAAGACAUCUGUGCCGAGCUCGGUGGGAAGAAUCCAGAGCAGUUUGCCAAAGCCGUCAUAUCCAGAAACCUUUACAUUCUCAUCCGAAGCACUAAGAGAGUCAGGACAAACAUCGAUAUCCUGAGAACUUCUCUUAAGUUGAGCGAUUCAGAACUGCUUUCUCUUCUUCAAGGCCCUGGAGCAGAAAUACUCGACCUUUCCAAUGAAUAUCUGAAAAAUAAUUUUAACAGUCUCCAGCAGAAGAUGGUUUCAGUUGGGUGUCGGAAAACUGACAUAAAAAAACUAAUAAUCAACUAUCCAAUGGUUCUGUACAUUGGGCCGGACACGCUGAGCUCUAAACUGGACUGUCUGCUAAACGGAGGAAUAACAAUGAAGCAGAUACUGGAAAAGCCCAAAGUUUUAGACUACAGCACACAGAACAUUACAGGGCGACUAAAGGAGCUGCAGAGAGUGGGAUACGACUUCCAGAUGAAUGGCAUCAACAUCCUGGACUCGAGCCGAAAGCGGUUUGAUGCAAAGAUGGAAAGACUUGGUGCCUCACCAGACGACUGAAUGUAUUAUGAUGUCACAUAAUGUUGGAUGCUGCUUUUACUUGAAUUUUGCUUCUCAUCAAUCAUGUUUUGUUCAUUAAAACUAGAAUGUGAUUUCUGA